AUGGUGCCAGAUGUGGAGAGGAUCAUUGAGAACAUCAUCCAGGGAGACCAGGACACUGUUCAGCUCCUACUGGACAACUACAACACCCAGUAUGCAGAGUGCUUCUUUUUUAACUCUGAGAUGCAGGAGAGAAAAAAGCAACGACACCUGGAAGAGUUCAGGAAGAACAAAGUGAGGGACUAUGCUCCUGAUUCAGAUGCCGACAUUGACUCAGAUGACGAUGAACCUGACCUUCUUCUUCGGCAGCGUCUGGCCACAGCCCUGCUGUGCUUCAUCACCAGUCAGCUGCAGCCGGCGGUUUUACGGGUUUGCCUGCACACGCUGCGCAUCUUGUCCCGUGACCGGCGGGCCCUGGGGCCCAUGGUCACCGAUAACGCUCUUUUCACCUUGGCACAACUGGGAGGUGUCAGCUUACAGCAGGGAGGUCCACAGCAGCAGCAGCAGCAGGAGGAGAAGGAGGAGGAGGAGAAGGCUGAAGAUCAGUCAGACACAACACACAGCCGGGUCCAUGGAGGAGGAGCAGCAGCGAGUGGCUGCGAGGACGCUGCAGAUGCUGAUGCUGCACCUUUACCUGUUUUUCAUCACUGCUACAGCUGGAGAGGCGACGGAGGUCAUGUGGUGCUCGCCCGUGGGAAGAAAGACAUCCGGAAAGAGAACAGUGAGGAGGAAGGGAAGGAGGAGGAUGGGGAGGUGUGUAGGAAGGAGGCCUUGAAGGUCCUGUGUAACGUCAUCUACAACAGCCCCCGGGCACAGGAGAGGGCCAGCGCACUAAGACUUCUGCAGGCUCUGUGGGAGAGUCUGAAGCAGGGCAUCUGGAGCAGGGUGCCGUCCAGCGGCCAGUUUUACAAGCUGAGGCUGCUCUUCUUGCUCACAGCCCUGAGGCCUGAGCUCAGGCUGCAGCUACAGCAGGAGCGAGGAGUGUCAGUGCUCACUGCAGCCCUAGAACAGUGCCUGGCUGUGAGGUGGGGCGAGGGGUAUGAGGUGCUCAGUGACAGCACAGCUCCGCCCGUCUCCAAGGAGGUGUCCCAGGAAGUCAUCGAGAUCCUCAAGACCCUCUUCAACGUCACUCACACGUGCCACAGGCAGGAGCCAGAUGAGGAGGAAGCUGCUCUGUAUCGCCACCUAGCAGCUGUGCUGCGCCACUGCCUGCUGCUGUCGUGUGACGGAGAGGACACACUCGAAGAGCUACAAGGACACACGGUGAACAUCCUGUCAGCUCUGCCACUGGCGUGUCUGGACGUCCUGCUGUCUGUCCGCGUGGACCAGGCAUCCCACAAGUGGGAGGGAGUCAACAUGGACUGUGUCCACACGUUGCUGCUGUUCAUGGACAGACGCCUGAACAGGGGUCAGAAGCUGAAGGAGAAACUCACACCUGUACUGAACCUGCUGACUGAGAGUUCUCGGGUUCACAGGGAGACACGUCACUACUUACGGCAAAAGAUCCUGCCUCCACUGAGGGACGUUGGCAUUCGACCUGAGCAGGACACCUCGCUGAGAGGACAGCUGGUCCGCCUGAUGACCCACGUCGACACAGAUGUGAAGCACUGUGCCGCUGAGCUUCUGUUCGUACUCUGCAAGGAGAACGUCAGCCGCUUUGUCAAAUACACGGGUUACGGCAACGCAGCGGGGCUGCUGGCGGCGCGGGGGCUGCUGAACGGCAGGAGGAACUCGGUCAGCAGCUUGUGUGCCUCCCAGUACUCCAGUGACUCAGACUCAGACACAGAGGAGUACCGGGAGGCCAGGGCCAGGAUCAACCUGGUGACCGGACGGGUGGAGGCGGAGCAGCCUGAUCCGAUGGAGGGCAUGACAGAGGAAGAGAAGGAGGAGGAGGCCUGUCGCCUCAUAGGCAUGAUCAACAGACUGUCACGAGACCAGAUCAUUCAGCCCAUGGGCCUGACAGCAGAGGGGAGACUAGUUCCGCUCUGGGGCCAGAGGAGGGACUCCACACUGGAGGAAGAAGAAGAUGAAGAAGAGGAAGAGGAGGAGGAGGAGGAGGAGGAGGAGGAAGUGGAUCUGAUGCUCGAGGGGAGGAAAGACAAACAGAUGGAAUAG